GCUUUAAAGAGGCUAAAGAAAUUUUUCUUUAUGGUUUUCCCACUCAAUCAGGUUUUCAAGCUAGAAAUGCCCUUCUUCAGUCAAAUCUUUCUCAAACUCAGCUAGCUACUAUUUGGACGCUGGCUGACAUUGAUGGUGAUGGACAGCUAAAAGCUGAAGAGUUUAUCCUUGCGAUGCACCUCACUGACAUGGCCAAAGCUGGACAGCCCUUACCACUGACUUUACCUCCUGAACUUGUCCCUCCAUCUUUCAGAGGAGGAAAGCAAAUUGAUUCCAUUAAUGGAACUCUGCCUUCGUAUCAGAAAAUGCAAGAAGAGGAACCUCAGAAGAAAUUACCAGUUACUUUUGAGGACAAGCGGAAAGCCAACUAUGAACGAGGGAACAUGGAACUAGAGAAGCGACGCCAAGCCCUGAUGGAGCAGCAACAGAGGGAGGCAGAACGUAAAGCCCAGAAAGAGAAGGAAGAGUGGGAACGAAAACAAAGAGAAUUACAAGAACAAGAAUGGAAGAAGCAACUUGAAUUAGAAAAACGCUUGGAGAAACAGAGAGAAUUGGAAAGACAACGGGAGGAAGAAAGGAGAAAAGACCUAGAAAGACGAGAGGCAGCAAAACAGGAACUUGAACGACAGCGUCGUUUAGAAUGGGAGAAAAUUCGUCGACAGGAGCUUCUCAAUCAAAAGAAUAGAGAACAAGAAGAAAUUAUCAGGUUAAACUCUAAAAAGAAGAGUCUUCAUCUUGAGUUGGAAGCACUGAAUGGCAAACAUCAGCAGAUCUCAGGCAGACUUCAAGAUGUCCGACUCAGAAAGCAAACCCAAAAGACUGAGCUGGAAGUUCUGGAUAAGCAGCGUGACCUGGAAAUUAUGGAAAUAAAGCAACUUCAACAAGAACUUCAGGAAUAUCAAAAUAAGCUUAUCUAUCUGGUACCUGAGAAGCAAUUAUUAAAUGAAAGAAUUAAAAAUAUGCAGCACAAUAACACAUCUGAUUCAGGGAUCAGUUUGCUUCAUAAAAAAUCAUUAGAAAAGGAAGAAUUAUGCCAAAGACUUAAAGAACAACUAGAUGCUCUUGAAAAAGAAACUGCGUCUAAGCUAUCAGAAAUGGACUCAUUUAACAAUCAACUAAAGUGUGGGAAUAUGGAUGACUCUGUUCUUCAGUGCCUUUUGUCUCUGCUAAGCUGUCUCAACAACCUCUUCCUCUUACUUAAGGAACUGAGAGAAAGCUACAAUACACAGCAGUUAGCCCUUGAACAACUUCAUAAGAUCAAACGUGAUAAGUUAAAGGAAAUUGAAAGAAAAAGAUUAGAACUACUACAGAAAAAGAAACUAGAAGAUGAGGCUGCAAGGAAAGCAAAGCAAGGAAAAGAAAACUUAUGGAGAGAAAGUCUUAGAAAGGAGGAGGAAGAAAAACAAAAGCGACUCCAGGAAGACAAAAAAACACAAGAAAAAAUUCAGGAAGAAGAACGGAAAACUGAGGAGAAGCAGUGUAAGGGUGAGACAGCUAGUGCUUUGGUGAAUUAUAGAGCAUUAUACCCUUUUGAAGCAAGGAGCCAUGAUGAGAUGAGUUUUAAUGUUGGGGAUAUAAUUCAGGUAGGAAAAAAAAGUCUUUUUUCUCACGAAUAA